CAUAGCCUGUGCUGGAACAUAACCGUUAGUGGCCAUACCAUAUCAUCCACCAUUUAAUGCGGCAGUAAACUGCAUCAGACCCAUAAAAUUGACAGACAUUCUACUGCAAAUCGUGCACGAAUUCGGGAUAUAGUCCAUGCAACAUACCUCGCCGUCAUCGGAUCGAUACUAGUCAGCCACUUUCAUUCUGUGUAACGUUCACACAAUCUGCCGUAUACAGUGAACACUGCCUGUGAUCACCAAAAGUGAAUCUCCGGAAACGUCAAACAUCAAGCUAAUCCAUACAAUCAUUCCUCACGCAAAUGGGGAAUCUCCUUGGUCCGCAUAAAAAGCUGCCAAAAGAAGAUUUAGAGUUCCUUCGAGCGAAUACGAAUUUCACAAAGAAACAAAUUAAACAGUGGUACAGAGGCUUCAUACGCGACUGUCCUUCCGGACAGUUGAGCAAGAAAAAGUUUAUCGAGGUCUACUCGGGUUUCUUUCCGGACGGCGAUGCCGAGGAAUUUUGUACACACGUAUUCCGAACAUUUGACAAAGACAACUCAGGCAAAAUUGAUUUCAAAGAAUUUCUGCUAGCGAUCAAUAUCACCUCAGGUGGAAAACCGGAAGAGAAAUUGGAAUGGGCGUUUCAAAUGUACGACAUCAAUGGAAACGGAACGAUUGAGAAAUUGGAAAUGGUUGAGAUUAUCAAAGCCAUCUACAGUAUGCUCGGAGCAGACGAGAGCACUGUAGACCUCAGUCCAGAAGAACGGACCAAUGAGAUUUUUGAAAAGAUGGACAGCAAUGCUGACGGCGUCCUAACACGAGAAGAGUUUAUGAAUGGUUGUAUGGCGGACAAACAACUGUAUUCUAUGCUACUGGCUGAUGAGCCGACGGAGUAGGCAGGUUCCAGUUUGCGGUAUAGUAAAUAUGAAUCCAAUUUUUAUGCAACUGCGCGUGAUGAAUUGAACAAGCAUAACAAAAAAACUGUUUCCAAAUUUUACAGCGAGAUUCCCAGAACUCCCUGUCGCUUGGUCAGCUUCACACAGAACCAGAUCUUAUCUACACACAAACCGAAUCGCUCAAGUUGGUCCGUAUGCACGACAUUCACGCGUGCAUAGGUGUACCUGUGUGGACUAUGUAUGUGAAAAUAUUUAAGCCUAGCAAAUGGACGGUUUGUUGCAUUUUCCUAGCAAAAUAUCCCAUUCCUUCCAAACCAACGUGAGCAAUAUCCAAUAAAUUCCAAGCAUUUCUGAGCCAAACUCCAAAGAAUGUGUACAAACUGCGGCCAGUAUUGUAAAAUUCAUUUCGACCGUCGCUUUCUCAAUCAAUGCAAGCAAUAUCUAUCCCUAUGCUCUUUUGAACUGAACCCGACCAAAUUCCUCGAUAUGUCUGUCAUCUUUAUUGAAAAAGGU